AUGGAAAGCAUUCGUCACUUGAUCAAAACCAACGUCCCCACCUCCAUCAUGGUGCCCAUCAUUCAGGGCAUUCUAUCUCUGCCACCGACAAUGGCUCGCUUCUUGAUUGCUGACUUCACUGCACCCAAGAAAUCGCAGAUGAGUUGGAUCAGAAUGAUUGAAAAGCCAGAAUGGAAAGGAGCCUGGAUAGGGCCUGAUAUGGCUCAAUGCCAAGAUGACGAUCAACUGCUGCAGAGAAUAAAAGACGCCGAUAUGAUCAUUUAUAAAGCGCAUGGUAACAGUUCUGUCAUGAGACGCAGUAAAAAAUGCAAAUUAACGCUUAGCAUGGUAGGCGGGGCUUUUCGAGUGGGACAUUGCACCAUGUAUAUGGAUGUAUUUCAAAACUGGAUCCAUUUGUUAAAGGAGCACCAUAACAUCAAUGCGUUGAUUUUAUCGGUUGAUUACAGUUUGGCACCCGAGCAUAUGUAUCCUGUGCCAGUGUUGGAGUGUGUAGCUGCGUACGAGUACCUUGUCAAUACACUGCACAUACCUGGGUCAAGAAUUAUUCUUUCUGGCGAUAGUGCUGGAGGCGCUCUCUGCCUGGAAACACUGAUUCGAGUCUAUGCACCCAACAUCUUGAAAGACCUUGGUGCCCCUCGGUCCAAUUACAAUGCUGAACUUCCUGCCGGUCUUUUACUUGUAUCGCCAUUGGUAUCCGCAAACACCUCUUCUUGGCUGUGGGAGUUCAAGCAGGACAUUGUCACUCCCAUGCUGGCAUCUCGCGUUUUGAAAGAGUAUCUCAAUUUACCAGAGGCCACCAACACGGACGAACUGCAUCUUUUGAAGCUGGCUCACAUCAGAUCUGAUUUUGAUCGGUUUGCUCCCAAGAAUGUCAUGGUGUAUGUAGGCGAAAGAGAGGUGAUGCGAGACGAUAUUCUGGCAUUGGCACAGACCGUCAAGCAAGACAAAAAGUUCAACGUGCGUAUCAGAAAAGAAAGCCUGGAGCACGACUGGUACUUUAUCCGAGAACUCGUCAGACCUCAAGACAAGCACAUCUUGCAAUCAUCCGAUCAAGAGUUCGCUGCGUUUUGUGCCCGCUCAUUGAAUGAGGCCACUGAAAACGCAGAGAAGAGGUCUUCUCCCAGCAAUGUUCGCCAGCUGGACGCUGUGGCAAAGGCUCUCUUGGCCGGUCAGCAGGCACACACCCAUCCUGUGCACCUUGUGCCCAAGGUUGACAGUGCCGAAGUUGAAAGUGAAGCUAUUGCAGUACCACCAAUUACAGCCUAG